GUCAUGGUUGUGAUGUGGAUCAGAAUAUCAGCAUGACCGUUCUCUGAGGAUUACAGCUGUCAAAAGCUCGGGGAGCGAGUAUUUUGAAUAAUCUCAGGAUUUAUCUCGUAGAAAGAAGAGUGUUAUCAUUCUACGCAAGAAGAAUGUUGACGGCAGCCGCAAAUACGUUGUCCAAUAACGGCUCCUACAGUAAUGAGAGGCCAUCCAGCGCGGGUGAUGCGGAUCUCGCGACAGAUCCCGCCUCCGGCGGAUUUUUCCAUUCCGAUUAUAAGAAACAUGAAGAUCUGAAGGAGAUGCUAGAUAGUAACAAGGAUGGACUUAAGUUGGAAGCCAUGAAACGUAUAAUUGGGAUGGUAGCCAAAGGAAGGGAUGCAUCAGAACUAUUUCCAGCUGUUGUAAAAAAUGUAGUGUCUAAAAAUAUUGAAGUAAAGAAGCUAGUAUAUGUUUAUCUCGUUCGUUAUGCAGAGGAUCAACAGGAUCUUGCUCUUCUGUCUAUAUCAACAUUUCAAAGAGCUUUGAAGGAUCCCAAUCAACUAAUAAGAGCUAGUGCUUUAAGAGUAUUGUCCAGUAUACGAGUUUCCAUGAUAGUACCCAUUGUUAUGCUUGCUAUUAAAGAUUCAGCUAGUGAUAUGUCACCAUAUGUAAGAAAAACUGCCGCUCAUGCUAUCCCUAAAUUAUACUCGUUGGAUCCUGAACAAAAAGAAGAAUUGAUAAGUGUACUGGAAAAAUUGCUCUCUGACAAGACAACUCUUGUGGUGGGUUCAGCAGUGAUGGCUUUUGAAGAAGUGUGUCCAGAAAGAAUAGAUCUUAUCCAUAAGAAUUAUAGAAAAUUAUGUAAUUUACUGGUAGAUGUUGACGAAUGGGGCCAAGUGGUUAUUGUUAACAUGCUCACUAGAUAUGCUAGAGCACAGUUUGUUAAUCCAAAUACAGAUAAUUUGGACAAAGACGAAAAUCGGCCAUUUUAUGACUCUGAUUCCGAUUCUUCCAAUACAAAGAAACCAAAGUUUACAUUAGAUCCCGAUCAUCGGUUAUUAUUAAGAAACACAAAACCCUUGUUACAAAGUCGAAAUGCAUCUGUGGUAAUGGCUGUUGCUCAAUUAUACCAUCAUGCAGCACCUAGAAGUGAAGUUAUGAUUGCUGCAAAGGCAUUAAUAAGAUUGUUAAGAUGUCAUAGAGAAGUGCAAAGUAUUGUACUUCAUUGUAUCGCUAGUAUAUCAAUUACAAGAAAGGGAAUGUUUGAGCCCUUCUUGAAAUCGUUUUUCGUGCGGACUUCGGAUCCCACUCACAUAAAACUUUUGAAACUCGAUAUAUUGACGAAUUUGGCGACUGAAACUAGCAUCGGUGUAAUACUGAGAGAAUUUCAAACAUAUAUCUCUAGCAGUGAUAAGGAAUUUGUUGGCGCCAGCAUCCAAGCAAUUGGCAGAUGUGCAAGCAACAUCAAGGAAGUUACUGAUACAUGUCUCAAUGGAUUAGUAUCUUUAUUAAGCAAUAGAGAUGAGGCUAUUGUUGCGGAAAGCGUAGUGGUUAUAAAAAAACUCCUACAAACACAGCCGAAUGAGCAUAAAGAUAUAAUCGGUCAUAUGGCGAAGUUAAUGGAUUUCAUCACUGUACCACAGGCGAGAGCCUCUAUUCUGUGGCUUUUAGGCGAAUAUUCCGAUAGAGUUCCUAAGAUAGCACCGGAUGUGCUCCGAAAAAUGGCAAAGAGUUUCGUAAAUGAGCAGGAUAUAGUAAAAUUGCAAACCUUAAAUCUGGCCGUGAAAUUAUGCUUGAACAAUCCUGUACAAACGAAAUUGUUCUGUCAGUACGUCUUCCAACUCGCCAAGUAUGAUCAGAAUUAUGAUAUUAGAGAUCGCGCGCGUUUUCUGCGGCACUUCAUCUUCGAAGAUGAAAGCGAGGAAAAGAAGAAACUACCACAGUUCGCGAAGAGGAUUUUCCUUGCACCGAAACCGGCGCCAACAUUAACGUCCAGAUUCAAAGAUUCAGAGUAUCAGUUAGGCACUUUGUCACACUAUCUGGACAUGCCGUGCGCAGGUUAUCGACCUUUACCACCAUUCCCGGAAGUAACGCAAGAUCCAUCUGUACGAGAUGUUGCACCUCCAAUUGCGCAGGAACAUAGAGAAGAGCGACAUAAUAGGAAAGAAAAAGAGAAGAAGAAGAAUAAAGACAAGGAGAAAUCAUUUUACAGCGAUGAAGAGAGCACUGCUGCUGAAGAUUCAGAUAAUCAAUCAUCCAAUUCUUCGACCAGCGAAUCUUCAGACGAAGAUAGCGAUUCUUCCGAAUAUACUAGUGAAUCAGAUAAAUCUGACAUAGAUAUUGGAAAGAAAAAUGAAAUGAAAUCCGAUGAUUCUGAGAGUGAAUCAUCGAGCGGUGAAGAAUCAGAUUCUGAAGAAGAAGAAAGUGAGACACAAGAGAGCGAAGAGGAGAAACCAAAAGUCGUCAAGCAAGAAGUGAAAGAAAAACCAAAAAGCAAUUUUGAUCUACUAUUAGAUCUAGAUGAUGUUAUUCCAAUGACUCCUGUGAUGACGCCUAGUUUAGGUGGUUUUCUUACUCCGAUUAAUUCAAUAAUUACGGAAAAUGUCCAAGAAGUGUCGACAUCAUAUGUUCCAGUGAAAAAAACUAUUUUGUUAAAUAAUAUCAUAGGGCAUGGUCUAAAAAUUGAAUAUAGAUUUACGAGAUCGCAACAUUUAGUUAGUUCGAAUUUGGUUAACAUUGAAUUAACCUUUUCUAAUGAAAGCAACGAUGUUAUUAAAGAGAUUCAAGUAGGAAAUAAGAAUUUACAAAAGGGAAUGUUUAUUCAUGAUUUUACACAAAUACCAAUUCUUGAUACAAAUAGUACAUUAUCUUCUACGCUAGGUGUUAAUUUUAAUGACUCUACUCAACCGGCAAAUUUCAAUAUCGAUUUCUCGAUUAAUGAUGAGAAACAUUCGUGUCUGGUUAGUAUCAAACCACCAAUUGGAGAGAUAAUAAGAUCUGUGACUUUACCCGAAAGCAUGUUCAAUGCGGAGAAAGCCAAGUUAAAAGGUAUGAACGAGCAUAUUGCGAAAAUACCUUAUUCUGGAAACAAAAGUGCUCUUCCUCAAAAAAUCUUUGAGACAGCAAAUGUUGCAAGAAUAUUUAAUGAAGAUGAAAUCAUGCGGUUUGCUGCUUAUACUUUAGCAUCCAAAUCGCUAGUAUUGGUAACAAUAAAAUUUAUUGACACUGAGCAAUUAGAAGUUUGUGUAAACUGUGAGAAGAUGGUUAUAGGAUCGAUUUUAUUGAAUGAAUUUAAAAGUAACUUGAAAUAAAAUUGGUAUGUACUCUAUUCAUAGAAUUAGUAAUACAAAUGCAUUUCAUAUACUAUGAAAAGAUUUGAAUAUUCCUUUUCGCUUUAUUAUGCGAAGAUAAAU